CCGUCAUGAGCCCGGGUUGCGGAGCCUCCUGACUCAGCCGCACUCUCAGAUUUUGGGGUUUUCCUGCCAGGCGGAGAGCGCGUAACUUCCUCUUUCCCGCAGGGAUUCCCCCCUCCCAGCCGGGCUGGCCGAGCCCGAGUCCCCCGGCGCCCCCGGGGCCCCUCUCCCUGGCUUCUGCUCUGCCCCAGUUCAGCGAUACCGGGGCCUGACUGGGUGUUCCUGGCUGCACGCCCUGCUCACAGAGCAGGAGGCGGCAUCCAGGGGUUCUGGAUGAAGGACUGGGGUCGGGAUGGAUGUGAGAGGCGGGUUGGAGGGGUUUUGCAGGUGAUGAGGCCGCAAUCAGGGAGACUGGAGUUACGAGAAGCUAGGCGGGUGGGUAAGAAGAGGGGACCUGUGGGAAGUGGAGAGCCUUGGGGGUGAGAUAGGAGGGGCAGUCCUGCAGGGCAGAUCAUUUCUCUGAGGUUUCCCCCUGCUCCUAGGAUGGCGGCUAGCCCAGAGAGCCUCUUCUCUUCCGGGGGCGACCUGGACUCCAGCCAGUUACAGAUGGAGCCCGAUGAGGUGGACACUCUGAGGGAGGGAGAGGACCCAGCUGAUCGGAUGCACCCCUUUCUGGCCAUCUAUGACCUUCAGCCUCUGAAAAUGCACCCCUUGGUGUUCGCCCUGGGGUUCCUGUCAUCGCCCAAGUGGUGCGCACUGAAAGAUAUACCAGUGGAUCCAAGCUUUGCUAUUCCCUAUCCUCCAGCCCGAGAGGCAGCCGACAGAGAGAUGCCCUCUCUACCCCGAGCAGGUCCUGAGGGCUCCACCAGACAUGCAUCCAGCAAACAGAAAUACUUGGAGAAUUACCUCAACCGCCUCCUGACCAUGUCUUUCUACCGCAACUACCAUGCCAUGACGGAGUUCCUGGAAGUCAGUCAGCUGUCCUUUAUCCCAGAGCUUGGAUCCAAAGGACUGGAAGGGGUGAUCCGGAAGCGCUCCGGUGGCCACCGUGUUCCUGGCUUUACCUGCUGUGGCCGAGACCAAGUUUGCUAUCGCUGGUCCAAGAGGUGGCUGGUGGUGAAGGACUCCUUCCUGCUCUACAUGUGCCUCGAGACUGGCACCAUCUCGUUUGUUCAGCUCUUCGACCCUGGCUUUGGCGUGCAGGUGGGGAAAAGGAGCACAGAGACACGGUAUGGAGUCAGGAUCGACACCUCCCACAGGUCCCUGAUUCUCAAGUGCAGCAGCUACAGGCAGGCCCGGUGGUGGGGCCAGGAAAUCACUGAGCUGGCCCAGGGCCCGGGCAGAGACUUCCUGCAGCUGCACCGGCAUGAAAGCUACGCUCCACCCCGGCCUGGGACUUUGGCUCGGUGGUUGAGUCCUGAGAUUUACCUGAAGCGUCCAGCCCAUUCAGAUGACUGGAGAUUGGAUGUUAUGCUCAAGAAAAAGGCGGAGGAGGGUGUCCGUGUGUCCGUCCUACUGUUUAAGGAAGUGGAGCUGGCCUUGAGCAUCAACAGUGGCUAUAGCAAGAGGGCUCUGAUGCUGCUGCACCCCAACAUAAAGGUGAUGCGUCACCCAGACCAUGUGACAUUGUGGGCCCAUCAUGAGAAGCUACUGGUGGUGGACCAAGUUGUGGCCUUCUUGGGAGGGCUGGAUCUCGCCUAUGGCCGCUGGGAUGACCUGCACUACCGACUGACUGACCUUGGAGACGCCUCUGAAUCAGCUGCCCCAGAGCCUCCCACCGCGUGCUCAGACUCUACAUCCACCCCAGAUUUCUCUCACAACCAACUCUUCUGGCUGGGCAAGGACUACAGCAAUCUUAUCACUAAGGACUGGGUACAGCUGGACCGGCCUUUUGAAGAUUUCAUUGACAGGGCGACCACAGCCCGGAUGCCAUGGCGGGAUGUUGGAGUGGUUGUCCACGGCCCACCUGCCCGAGACCUGGCCCGGCACUUCAUCCAGCGUUGGAACUUCACCAAGACUACCAAGGCCAAGUACAAGACACCCAUGUACCCUUACCUGCUGCCCAAGUCCACCAGCACUGCACACCAGCUCCCCUUCACACUCCCAGGGGGGCAGUGCGCCACCGUGCAGGUCUUGCGGUCAGUGGACCGCUGGUCAGCGGGGACUUUGGAGAACUCCAUCCUCAAUGCCUACCUGCACACCAUCAGGGAAAGCCAGCACUUCCUCUACAUUGAGAAUCAGUUCUUCAUUAGCUGCUCAGAUGGACGGACGGUUCUGAACAAGGUGGGCGAUGAGAUUGUGGACAGAAUCCUGAAGGCCCACAAGCAAGGGCAAUGCUUCCGAGUCUACGUGCUUCUGCCCCUGCUUCCCGGUUUUGAGGGUGACAUCUCCACAGGUGGUGGGAACUCCAUCCAGGCCAUUCUGCACUUCACUUACAGAACCCUGUGUCGAGGGGAAUAUUCAAUCCUACAUCGCCUCAAAGCAGCCAUGGGGACAGCGUGGCGGGACUAUAUAUCUAUCUGUGGGCUCCGCACACACGGAGAGCUGUGUGGGCACCCAGUCUCAGAGCUCAUCUACAUCCACAGCAAGAUGCUCAUUGCUGACGAUCGCACAGUCAUCAUCGGCUCUGCGAACAUCAAUGACCGGAGCCUGCUAGGGAAGCGGGACAGCGAGCUGGCCGUGCUGAUUGAGGACACGGAGAUGGAGCCGUCCCUCAUGGAUGGUGUGGAGUACCAGGCGGGCAGGUUUGCCUUGAGCUUGCGGAAGCACUGCUUCAGCGUGAUUCUCGGGGCGGAUGCCCGGCCAGACUUGGAUCUCCGAGACCCUGUCUGUGACGACUUCUUCCAGUUGUGGCAAGACACAGCUGAGAGCAAUGCCAAUAUUUAUGAGCAGAUCUUCCGCUGCCUGCCAUCCAAUGCCACACGUUCACUGCGGACACUCCGGGAGUACGUGGGUGUGGAGCCCCUAGCCAUCGUCAGCCCUCCCUUGGCCCGGUCUGAGCUCACCCAGGUCAAGGGCCAUCUGGUCCACUUUCCCCUCAAGUUCCUGGAAGAUGAGUCUUUGUUGCCCCCACUGAGUAGCAAGGAAGGUGUGAUGCCCCUAGAAGUGUGGACAUAGCUGGGGCUCCAGCCAGAAGAGGUCACCAGCUCCACCAGGUCUGGCUCCCUGCCCCGGAGGACUGAGGGCAGUGCCCUUUGAGACCCGUGGGAGCAGCAUCUCUGAAAGGGAUGAGAGAACGGACAGAGGACCCUUUCUUGAGAAUCAGCCAAAGAGGGCAUUCCCAGCCCUGGGGUUGGGUGGCAGGAGAGGGUCCCAGAAAAGUUCACCUUCCUUCCAGCCCAAUUCAAACCACUGCUACAGAGGAGACGGGAAACUCCUGCCAGGAUGCCUGGGGCAAGCCUUCCCCUCUCUCCCUUCCUCUGCCCCAGGGCCUCUCCCAGCCCAUGGCUGCCAAGGUGGAGAGAAGGAUGGAGCCACUCCUGGCUUCAGCCCCCACAAUGGGGAGGGUAGGAGCUGCACACUGACUCCCUCCAGCAUCCUGCUGCCAGACACUAACUUUGUAUCAGUUCAAUAAGCGUUUCAUAAAUAAAUGCAUAGGAAAAAUC